AUGCCAAGCUGGAACGACGGCGAGAGCUCGACGGAGCACCUAGAUGACCUGACGGACAUGGACUAUGCUCCUGACACUUGCGAGGACAUCACGUUUGGAGGAUUAGCUUUUGGCGGACCUCGUUGCCGCGUGCACAAUUUGGAGCCAAACAGAUGUGUGGCGUUUGAAGGGACGAACACUGGCAGGAGAUUCUUCAUGUGCUCCGUCGGCCAUGUGUAUAACUGUGGAUUUGUGGCCUGGGUUGAUGAAGAGUGGCCAGUAACUCUUCAGAACUCACUUGGAAGGUUGUGGUCAAUGUACCAUGAGUCCAGCAAUGCAAGAAUAGAUGAGAAGAUCCAGAAUGCAAAAUUGGUGCAAGAGUUGGUUGAGGAGAGGAACAAGUUUAAGAAGAACUACCACUCACUGAUGGAUGAUGUGGACAAAUUCAUGAAAGAUACAGAGAAAAGAGUGAUGGAAGAGAAUUUGAAGAAGAUGAAUGAGGAGAAGAACCAGAUUUUUGAUUUGAACAGGACUGAACUUGAAGCUGAGGUUCUGGAACUGAAUUCUGCAUUGUUUGACAUAAAGGAGGAGAAGCAGCAGUGGGAGAAGGAAAAAGAGGAGCUCAAAGAGGAGAAGAAUAAGUGGGCUAAGGAAAAAGAGGAGCUCAUAGAGGAGAAAGGUAAGCUGAAAGAGGACAAGAGGAAGUUAGUGUACACACUCUAUGACCUUCUCAAAGUUGCUCAUGAAAACAAAGACAAGCUUCUGAAGAUCAAGGAGAUUGUUGGAGACCUGUAA